GAGCCAAGUGCGCAUGCUCGGCCUCCCUGAAAACCACAUGCGUCUCCCAGCUCUGCUCUCUCCGGUGCCAAGGCAGAGAGAUGCGCACACUGAGGACACCGCAGCACAGAAAUGCGCACUGCUCCGAGCCGGACCCGGCGAUAGCUUCACCUCCCGGCACCCCUGACCCGUCUCUCAACACAAUGGGUUAGAGGGAAUAUGACAAACUUUGACACACUUUGCAUGUCAUGGGAAAUGCCCUGCGUCGUCUGGAGAGCUGUGCUGCCGAGCGGCUGAAUUACGAGCACAAUAACACACAGACUUGAGAGAAAGCGGGACCCGAUUUCAGUCAUUUCUAUCCCAGUUCCUUCUCCCACUUGGGCUUUUGAGAGAUGAUCACGGAGCUGGUGUGCACCGCCGUGGCUGUGGGUCUCUAUCUGAACACGCUGGACGCAGAUUUCUGCUACGAUGACAGCCGAGCCAUCAAGACCAACCAGGACCUUCUUCCUGAGACUCCCUGGACCAAUAUCCUGUAUGAUGACUUCUGGGGCACCCUGCUCACUCACAGCGGCAGCCACAAGUCCUUCCGCCCUCUCUGCACCCUCUCCUUCCGCCUCAACUACACCCUACACGGCCUGCGCCCCUGGGGCUACCACCUGCUGAACGUGGUGCUGCAUGGGCUCGUCACAGCCAUCUUCACGGCCUUCAGUCGCCCGCUCCUGGGUGGAGGACUGUGGAGCCUGCUGGCGGGUCUCCUUUUUGCUUCGCACCCGGUGCACACUGAAGCGGUCGCCGGCGUGGUUGGGAGGGCAGACGUUGGCGCUGCAUUGUUUUUCUUGCUGUCUCUUCUCUGCUAUGUGAGACACUGCAGACUUCGAACAGACCCCUGCAGGACCUUUCAGACCCGUGGCUGUGGCGGCAGCUCAGUCACCUGCUGCUGGGGCUGGAUGUUGGGCAGUCUGUGGUGUGCGGCAGCCAGUAUGCUGUGGAAGGAGCAGGGGGUGACUGUUCUGGCUGUGUCGGCUGUGUACGACCUUUUUGUCUUCCAGAGGCUCAGAUUUCGCCAGGCACUUCUCCUCCUGCUAGGAAAGAAAAAGAACAUCAGUGUUUUGCUGAGUCUCGGUGUGCUGGCUUCCUGGGGAGUGAUCCUGCUGUCAGCUCGCCUCUACUGGAUGGGCAAUAAGCCUCCCAACUUCUCCAACUCUGACAACCCUGCAGCUGACUCGCCACAUUUUCUCACUCGAACACUUACGUUCCUCCAUCUGCCUGCCGCCAACGCCUGGCUGCUUCUCUGCCCCGACAAGCUCAGUUUCGACUGGUCCAUGGACGCCUUGCCCUUGGUCAGGUCCCUGGCAGACUGGAGGAACCUUCACACUGUUGCCUUUUAUGGUGGAUUUAUCCUCCUGGUUAUGUUUGACUUCCGUUGCCCCAUCUCUAAAGCCAAGGAAACCAAUGGGAAAGCCCAGGUCACUAAUGGGAAAUCAAUCACAAAUGGGAAUGGUUACCAUGCUGUCGACACAAACCAUAACACAGACCAGGGGCCACCAAAGACCACCCUGAAUGGGUCAACUGGACUUCACCACUGCCUUCCACGGACGUCCCUGCCCCCUACAGAAAACUUAGUACUAUUUUCAUUGGGCGUACUAUCAUUGCCUUUCAUCCCAGCCUCCAACCUGUUCUUUUAUGUAGGUUUUGUAAUUGCGGAGAGGGUACUAUACAUCCCCAGUAUAGGCUUCUGUUUACUGGUUGCUGCUGGUGCAAGAACCUUGUAUGUCAGACUGAGGACUAGAGGCUGCAAGGCCUUACUGUUGUGUUUCUGUGUGGGGCUAGUGCUGCUGAAUGGGCUAAGAACUAUUCAAAGAAACAGGGACUGGAGCAAUGAGGAGAAUCUCUACAAGUCUGGGAUUAGUGUGAACCCUGCAAAAGCCUGGGGCAACUUGGGGAACGUACUGAAGAACCAAGGCAAGAUGGCGGAGGCAGAGAGGGCAUACAGAAAUGCCCUGCACUACCGAGGGAAUAUGGCUGACAUGCUGUAUAACCUGGGUUUACUGCUACAGGAGAAUGAGAGGUUUUCUGAGGCACUUCAUUAUUAUAAACUAGCCAUUGGGAGUCGGCCAACGCUGGCAUCGGCCUACUUGAACACAGGAAUCAUCCUGAUGAACCAGGGCAGCCUGGAAGAGGCCAAACGCACCUUCCUGACUUGUGCCGACAUUCCCGAUGAGAACUUGAAGGAUCCCCACGCCCACAAAAGCUCAGUCACCAGCUGCCUGUACAACCUGGGAAAACUGCUUCAUGAACAGGGCCAGCAGGAGGAGGCCCUGUCUGUUUAUAAGGAAGCGGUGCAGAAAAUGCCCAGACAGUUUGCACCACACAGCCUUUUCAACAUGAUGGGAGAGGCCUACAUGCGGCUGAACCGCCUGGAGGAAGCAGGUCACUGGUACAGAGAGUCCCUCAGGGCCAAGCCUGACCAUAUCCCUGCUCACCUCACUUAUGGGAAACUCCUGUCUAUCAUUGGGCAGAAGACAGAAGCAGAGAAGUACUACCUAAGAGCUAUUCAACUGGACCCGACAAAAGGAAACUGCUACAUGCACUAUGGUCAGUUUUUGCUGGAGCAGUCUCGUCUUGGCGAAGCGGCGGAGAUGGCGGAGAGGGCUGCGGAGUUGGACAGCUCGGAGUUUGAUGUGGUCUUCAGUGCUGCUCAUAUGCUCAGACAGGCCAGUCUAAACGAGGCAGCAGAGAGGCAGUAUGAGCGUGCAGCCAGCCUCAGACCAGAUUACCCUGCUGCUCUGAUGAACCUCGGCGCCAUUCUCCACCUGAACGGGAAGCUUCCCGAAGCGGAGGCCAACUACCUGCGUGCACUGCAGCUCAAACCUGAUGAUGUCAUUACCCAGUCCAACCUGCGAAAGCUGUGGAACAUCAUGGAGAGGCAGGGACUCAGGACUAAGCACGGGCUUGGGAUGCAGAGGAGCGACCUUUGAACUAAGAAAGCUGCUGCACUGCUCCCUCAACGAUGACCUAUUGUCCUCCAGAGAACGAAGCAGGACAGGAUAUGAAAGAGCUGUACGAGGCAUGACAGACUAAUUCUCUUGAAUCGUGGCCUGUGGUGCUUGUGGAAUACAGUUUGAGGCUUGGCAUGGUUGGGAUUGGAGGGCCUAAGAAGCAGAUUCUGCUCUAUAAUACAUGACCACCAGUGUGGUGUGGUGUGGUGGGUCAAACAGCUAAAACUAAUGUCACCUUUAUUAUGAUGUUUUAUAAUAUGAUGCCCAGUUGUUAAAUGAUACACUGAAAUCAAAAGCAAAUAAUAGCAGUCCCAAAAGUCCCAAAAAGAGAAAAAAAAAUCUGGAAAUCAGCUUAUUAUUUCACUGAUAUUAAAAACUUGGAUCUGGGUUUUUUUAAGUGCUUAAUUUGAAUGAAGAUGUAGCAAAGGUAGUGAAAUAAUGGGUUUUGAAGUAGUCUUUCAUCAUGCCAGCUGGUUUGUCUUAAAAAAUCAAAUCCCUGAUGUAUUUCCCUCAGGGUGAUCUAGCCUUCAACUUUUACUCCUAACACAAUAAAUCCAUAGUAUUAAAGGCAUGCCAGUGCUUAGACGUCUUCAGGUACCGCCCUUGAAUACAGUGCUGUACAAUACAUUGCUCCAACUGAUAUGUUGUCCGAGUCACUGAAGAUUGUUUGCACCUGGUGCAUUUGAAAUGCUUGUGACUGUAAAAAAAUAAAAAUAAAAUAAGAAAACAGAUCAUGAGAAAAAGCGGUGCCAAAGCUUGUACUGAGUCUUCUCGCCUCUCGUGCCAAGCAAGAACUGUCCUCACUUAUGUGUCGUGUUCCUUGUGUCGAAUGAAGAUGUUUCAUUUCAUGUGAUCAAAAUGAUCAAACUUAAUUUAUUAAUACGUGUUAUUUUGUGAAAAUGACAACACUGUGCUGCAUUAGUCCACCCUCUCGCUCUCAUUUCUCCAUAUAGAUACAUAAUUUCAUUAGACAAUUACAUUAAAAUGUGUUUUUUAUACAGUGUAUGUAUUUUUUUUCUCUCUGCUCAGGGACAUCAGGUUGUGAUUCCUGUCACAGAGUGGGGUUUGUGACACAGAGAGAGCUUCUUCAAAAUGAUGUUAGAUGUUUUGAUGAUUGUGUCGUUUGGUUAAAUUAUAGAAAAUGUGUAGCUGGAAAUGUGUUGUGUUUUGUAAAGAAAACUGAACCUUUUUCCAUAAUAAAAAUAUGAUUUUUGCUCUCA